AUGAAAUUUUCUAACCCUUGUAUCUGUAGUCAUCAAUCCCAAAAAAAAAAGCUCUCCCAUUUCAAGAAGUAUUGGAAGAAGGAUGAGUAUAACGAAGUGGUGAAGCUUAUCAAGGCGAAGUUUAUUGAACGUUAUGAAUUCCUCCAUCGUACAGCGCCCUCUUCAGAGCAAUCCAAGAAGACAAAGAAAUCACACAAGGUCAAUGGCCUCAUUUGUGACAACAUUGAGACAGAUUUGGAAUACGAAGGUGAUGAAGAGGACAACCCAUUUUCGGAUCCGACAAAACCAUGGAGGGGAGAGUUCCUUCGCUUUCUCAAUGCAAGGGACGUGAUCCUGGAGAAUAUGGGAAUCAUUGAGUGGUGGGGGGAACACUCAGGGACAUAUGGCCAAACUUGGACAUUGAUAGCACGCGACUACCUGCCCAUCAUGGCCUCAUCCAUUUCGAAAAAAGAUCUCAAUGGGGAGGAGAUUUUAGAUUUAGAUUUUCAGGCUGAUGAAAUUGUCGCGCAGGCUGAUGAUUUUUCGUGGGACCAAUUAGUACUCGACGUUGAUGAGGACGACAUUUGCAGGCCGUGGCCUGAGCCCGAGCCGCCUGUGGCUUGGGCUCAGAGCUCGGGCUUGAGAUUUACAAAGCCUGAGCUCUCGAAAGCCAGGCCAAAGCCACAGCUUCCAGGCCAAGCCGGGCCGUCACAUCACUAG